AAACGGACCAUCAGGUUGGACCGCAGCUACCACUACCACACCAGAUUGGACCCCUUCGGCCUCCUAAUCCACCCCCCCUCCGUCCGUUUAAUCUUCCCUCGUCUCCGGUCCAAGUUCCAGCACAAAAGGAAGCCAAGCCGCUCGAGUCCUCCUCCUCCCCCUCGCCGCGGUUCCGGCCUCAAACCCCGCCCUUUAGAUUACCUGCGGCGUCUUCUUGGGUACGCGUCAAGAAUCCUGCUGCUCUAGCGGAGGCGGAGGAGGUUCUUGCCGGAGGAGGUUGUGGGUGGGCUGCCGCUGGCCGGUUUAGGAUGACCGAGGACGCCAGAGGGCGGGCGGUCAACCCGGCCUGCCCCAACGCCGCCAACCCCUUCCACCGCUGCGCCGAGUACUGCCCCGUCGCGCCCCCGGCGGUGAAGUCGCCCCCGGUGCCGCCGGGCCUCGGGGGCCAGAACGGGAGGACGCACAGCGACGGCGACCUGCAGCCCAGGACGCGCCGCCGCGACAGGGCCGGCGGCUCCGCCGGCGGCCUCCCCCUCUAUGUCUUCCUGCGUGAAGGCUCCUCGGACGGGGAAGGCAAGAAGGUGGAUCCCCGGUGCCCCAACGCGGCCAACCCGUUCCACGUCUGCACCAACCACUGCCUCGCCAAGAUGGUCGAGGGCGGCCGCUCGUCGGAGGGUGGCAAAUCCCCCAUUUCCCUCUUCUCCCGCCACUCCGGCCGCUCCACCUCCUCCUCGGAAGAUGGCAGCGUCAAGUCCGGGGGCAGCAAGAAGGCGGAUCCAAAGUGCCCGAAUGCCGGCAACCCUUUUCAUGAAUGUGGAGAGCAUUGUACCGUCAAGAUGAAGGAACUGGAGAAGCAGAAGAAAGCCGAUAAGAAGUCGCCGCGCAAGAAAGGUGGAAAGGAUGGCGCCGUGGUGCAAAAUUGGAAGGUCGAUCCGAGGUGCCCAAAUGCGGGCAACCCAUUCCAUAUAUGCGCCCAGUACUGUUUCGAUCAUUUGAACGAAGCGCCAUCAACACCUACAAGCAAGCCAGACUCAAGAAAGGGAAAGGCUGUCAUGAAAGCAGAGCCAACGGGAGAAAUCAAUCCUGAUUGUGUCAAUGCAUCCAAUCCGUAUCAUAAAUGUGGAGAAUAUUGCAAAAGAAAUGGCAACAGAUAGAGACAAGGCUGUCGAGAUAUCGUCUCUCGAGAUGAAUAGAUGAUGAUGGUGCAAAAUAAGUGAUGCUCGCGACAUUAGCCCUUUUUAAGUUGCAGUAAGUAGUAGCUGUGCCUUGUCCGGCUCAUUUUGUAGUUUGGCUGCAGCGGCCCCGUCUUCCCGGUGCCUGCGCGUAUAUUUUUCUACACCCAUACUAUAUAUAUAUAUAUUCUUCAUGGUGUUCAUACCA